CCAAAAAGCAGUGGCGGAUUUCCGGGUGUACCUUCGCUUUAAGGCUCGUGGGAUCUUUCGCCGAAUCCGCGGGAAGUAGAAAGGCAGUUUACGACAGUGCCGGUCGUGUUUACGGCGCCGGCUUCUGCGCGCGCAUGUUCCCUCCUCUCCCGGUCCUUCUGAUUGCUGCGGGCAGGGCCUUCUCUGUCCCGGACCAUCUGUCGCCAUCCAGGCCGCCCGAGGCCUUUGCAGUUCUAGAAGAUGGCGAAGUUCAUGACACCUGUGAUCCAGGACAAUCCCUCAGGCUGGGGUCCCUGUGCGAUUCCUGAGCAGUUUCGGGAUAUGCCCUACCAGCCAUUCAGCAAAGGAGACCGGCUAGGAAAGGUCGCAGACUGGACAGGUGCCACGUACCAAGAUAAGAGGUAUACAAAUAAGUAUUCCUCUCAGUUUGGUGGCGGAAGUCAGUAUGCUUAUUUCCAUGAGGAGGAUGAAACCAGUUUCCAGCUGGUGGAUACGGCACGCACACAGAAGACUGCCUACCAGCGGAACCGGAUGCGGUUUGCACAGCGGAACCUCCGUAGAGACAAAGAUCGGCGGAACAUGAUACAAUUCAACCUGCAAACCCUGCCUAAGAGUGCCAAGCAGAAAGAAAGAGAACGUAUACGGCUACAGAAAAAAUUCCAGAAACAAUUUGGUGUGAGGCAGAAGUGGGACCAAAAAUCACAGAAACCCCGAGACUCUUCAGUUGAAGUUCGUAGUGACUGGGAGGUGAAAGAGGAAAUGGAUUUUCCUCAAUUAAUGAAGAUGCGCUACUUGGAAGUAUCAGAGCCACAGGACAUCGAGUGUUGUGGAGCCCUGGAAUACUAUGACAAAGCUUUCGACCGCAUCACCACGAGGAGUGAGAAGCCACUGCGGAGCAUCAAGCGCAUCUUCCACACGGUCACCACCACAGAUGACCCUGUCAUCCGGAAGCUGGCAAAAACCCAGGGGAAUGUGUUUGCCACCGAUGCCAUCCUGGCCACGCUGAUGAGCUGCACGCGCUCAGUGUACUCCUGGGACAUCGUUGUCCAAAGAGUCGGGUCCAAGCUGUUCUUUGACAAGAGAGACAACUCUGACUUUGACCUCCUGACAGUGAGUGAGACGGCCAAUGAGCCCCCUCAGGAUGAAGGUAAUUCCUUCAACUCACCCCGAAACCUGGCCAUGGAGGCGACCUACAUCAACCACAAUUUCUCCCAGCAGUGCUUGAGGAUGGGGAAGGAAAGAUACAACUUCCCCAACCCAAACCCAUUCGUGGAGGACGACAUGGAUAAGAACGAAAUUGCCUCCGUUGCUUACCGUUACCGCAGGUGGAAGCUUGGCGAUGACAUUGACCUUAUUGUCCGCUGUGAGCAUGAUGGCGUCAUGACGGGAGCCAAUGGGGAAGUGUCCUUCAUCAACAUCAAGACACUCAACGAGUGGGACUCCAGGCACUGUAACGGCGUUGACUGGCGGCAGAAGCUGGACUCGCAGCGUGGAGCCGUCAUCGCCACCGAGCUCAAGAACAACAGCUACAAGCUGGCCCGGUGGACCUGCUGUGCUCUGCUGGCCGGGUCCGAGUACCUCAAGCUCGGUUAUGUGUCCCGGUACCACGUGAAGGACUCCUCUCGCCACGUUAUCCUGGGCACCCAGCAGUUCAAGCCCAAUGAGUUUGCCAGCCAGAUCAACCUGAGCGUGGAGAACGCCUGGGGCAUCCUGCGCUGCGUCAUCGACAUCUGCAUGAAGCUGGAGGAGGGCAAGUACCUCAUCCUCAAAGACCCGAACAAGCAGGUCAUCCGUGUGUACAGCCUGCCCGAUGGCACCUUCAGCUCUGAUGAAGACGACGAGGAUGAGGAAGAGGAGGAGGAGGAAGAGGAAGAGGAAGAAACUUAAACUAGACUGAUGUGCAACCAGAGUUUGUAAUUCUACCAGUCCUGGGAGGGCCCUUGAUGCCUACAGGAAAGUCCAUCUGUCUCCUGCUCUCUGCCAGUUGGCAGGUGGAAUAAAGUUGAAGUCUUCUUAG